AUGCCUACUUUCUCACUGUCAGCGUUAGUCGCUUUGUCCUCUGUGGCAUCAGCAUGGCCGCACUUUGGUCCUCCUGGACCUCCUCUUCAUUCUGGCGCCCCUCCACCCCCACCUCCACCAGGCUCCAAGCCAUCUUCUUGGGGUCUUAAGCAAUUCACCAGCUUGGUCGCUUUCGGAGACAGCUACACCGACGACUCCCGUCUCAGCUACUUUGGCUCUCACAACGGCAGUGCUCCACCAGUCGGUUGGGUCAAUCCGGCAAACUAUCAUUCGGCAGAUGGAGGUCGUCCUUGGCCUCAAUACGUUGCUCAGUACUCUGGCGCUCAUAUUUACAACUAUGCCGUGUCUGGAGCAGUUUGCAGCAACAACAUCACUCCUCGCACUUUCUCCAGCAUCAAUGCCGACUUUCCAGAUGUCGAUGGCUACGAGGUCCCUGCAUAUCUCGCAGACAGCAAAUACGUGUAUCCCAACGGUACCAAAGCUUUGGAUAUCCCCGUAGACUCUACCGUCUACUCCAUCUGGAUCGGCACCAACGAUCUCGGCAACUACGCCUUCAUCGACGACAGCCAAGUUGCCGGCAAAGUCAUUCCUGACUACAUCGAUUGUGUUUACCAGCAAUUCUCCCGUCUCUAUGAUUCGGGAGCUAGAUACUUUGUUCUGCAGGAUGUUGCGCCACUGCAGUUGACCCCGCAGUAUGGAUUGCCUAGCAAGGGUGGUCUGAAUGCUACUCAGUAUUGGCCUGAGAAGCCUGCCAACAUCACAGAAGUGUGGGGUCGUAUGCUUGAGACUGUGACUACAGUCAAUGAUGUGUACAAGUACCGCACACCGUACGAAGUCCUUCUCGCCAAUGAGUUCCCCGGAGCCCACUUUGCUCUUAUGGACAUGUAUGGCCUUGUAAGUCUUGCCUAUCUCCCUUUUACAAAUCUCUUCUUCGCGCUUUUCAAAGAGCUAAUCUCGACAAAUAGAUGNACCGAUAUGUACAACAACCCCACUGAGUAUUUGAACGGCACCAACCCUACCGUCACUGGCUAUGUCAACCACUGCACUACAAACGGCACAGACUGUGUUGCUGCUCCUAACCCUGAUUCGUACAUGUGGUAUGAUCCACUGCACCCUAGCGAACAAACCGACCGCAACAUUGCCAGAGCGUUCAUCGAUGUGGUCAAUGGAAACAGCAAGUGGGCUACCUACUACUCCGCUUAG